CGGCUCCUUCCAGCCUCGGAUCUCAGAGUCUUCUCCAACCAACAGACUUAUCCUGUUGUUCUGUGAUUCCAGGACCUUCUCCACAACUAGGCCAUUUUCCCUGCCGGGUGUCAUUUUUGACCUCUUGACCUCUGACUCAAAGGUCAGCUCAAAGGUUCCAAACUCGGGCCUGGGAUGUGAGGGGGUACAAGACCUGAAUUCCCUAAAUCUUUAGCCAUGGGCCCCUAAGUCUCACCCUUUAGGUCCCUCACUCCAGAUCUUCAUAUCCAGUAAUUGGCCCAUGAGUUCCCAAAUCUAGCCCCAGAUAAUGAGUUAACUUCUAGUAAGUCCUACUAAAUUUCCCUCCCUAAACCUCCCAACGCACCCCAACCUGCCCCAGGCCGAUACCACCCUGUUAACUAACCGUCAGAUCCUACAUGAAUUGAGUCAGCCCCAUUCCCUGCAUCCAUGGUUUAAAAUUUUAGCCCUGGUUCUUUCAGACCCAGUGCUUAGCCCCCAAAUUCUGGAGCUCAGCUCUAAAACCUUUAAAAUCUGUAUUUCUGAGACCAACCCCUUUUGAAGGAUCCUUGCCUCUCCCAUUCUCAACCCUUCAUUCAGUUCCUCCUGUAGACCCCAAAAUGACUUCUCCGUGCUCUCCCCUAAAACCAGCAAUCCCUCCUCCAGGAGCCCCUGCACCCCAAGCCCCCAUCAUUCCACCUCCUCUCCUACCCCCAAGUCCUCCAGACCCAGCUUUUCCACCCCCUCCCUGGAGUCUCCAGGCCCCUACUCCUCCACCACCUCCACCGCUGCCUCCACCCCCUGCCAAGGGGGCAGCUCCCCCUCAUGUCUUCGGCCUGGAGAAGAGCCAGCUCCUGAAGGAGGCUUUGGAGAAGGCUGGCCCAGUCCCCAAGGGCAAAGAAGAUGUGAAGAGGCUCCUGAAGCUGCACAAAGACCGGUUCCGAAGUGACCUGCAGUGGAUCCUCUUCUGUGCUGACCUGCCAUCCCUCAUCCAAGAAGGCCCUCAGUGUGGGCUGGUGGCCUUGUGGAUGGCAGGCACUCUCCUGUUGCCCCCCAGCGGCAUCCCCCUGGAGAGACUGGUGCAGGUGGCCCUGGAGCGAGGCUACACGGCCCAGGGAGAGAUGUUCUCCGUGGCCGACAUGGGCAGGCUGGCCCAGGAGGUGCUGGGCUGCCAGACCAAGCUGCUCUGCGGUGGCCUGGGUGGUCCCAACAGAGACCUUGUCCUGCAGCACCUUGUCACUGGACAUCCCUUGCUCAUCCCCUACGAUGAGGACUUCAACCACGAGCCAUGUCGGAGGAAGGGACACAAGGCCCACUGGGCAGUGAGCGCAGGGGUCCUGCUGGGUGUGCAGGCUGUGCCGAGCCUCGGCUACGCUGAGGACCCCGAGUUGCCAGGCCUGUUCCACCCAGUGCCCGGCCUGCCUUGCCAGCCACCAUCCCUGCCAGAGGAAGGCUCCCCGGGAGCUGUCUACCUUCUUUCCAAGCAGGGCAAGAGUUGGCACUACCAGCUGUGGGACUACGACCAAGUCCGGGAUAGCAACCUGCAGCUGACAGACUUCUCGCCCUCACGGGCCUCCAAUGGUCAGACGUACGUGGUGCCCACUGGCGGGGUGCGGGCUGGCCUCUGUGGCCAGGCCCUGCUGCUCGGACCACGGGGCUCCAGCCACUAGCCUGGCUCCGUCACCAUUUGAAGAGUGCCCCAGCUUGUCCCUCUGUGCGACAGGCCAUAGGUUGGGACCCAUGAGGGCCUCCAGCCCAGAGAUUGUUCAUCAGGGUGGUCCCCGUCCACCCCGUCUCAAGCCUGGGCAUCGUCUCAACUCCCCAAGCCCAUCCCCUCCAGCACUGAGCACCCACUGAUCCCUCUCUCCAAGGAGAGACUGACAACUCAGACCCCACGACUUGUCCACCCCACCUGUGUCACAUCACAUUCUCCCUGGGGACCCCCUCUUCUAAGCCACGGUCACCUUACUAGACAUCUGCAGGAACCUCCUGCCUGGACCCUCUGCUGCUCCCCCGGUUUGCUCACAGGACAGGGCCUGAGCUCUCCCAGCCCCAGCUCACCUCUCCUUAGCCCCGGCUGGUCUUCCACACUCUGCCUGCCAGCAUUGCUGGCCUUUCGGGGCCCUAGAGCGUCGUGCCCCCCACCAGCCUCACCCUCAGCCCUCUGCUGAAGAUCACUCUCUAACUUCUCCGUCUUGGCGGGUAUCACCUCCUCAGGGACCCUCAGCCUGUCCAGGCACCCCUCCCCAACCUCGUGUCUUAGAUUUUUAAAGCCCAUCUGAGAGCAGUUGUCUAUGCUAACCCUUCUACCUGUGUUAACUCAUCAGAUCCUCCAGCCUUUUAAGAGGGAACUAGAUUCCCUACAUUUGACAGAUGGCAAGACUGAGACCUGGGGAAGUGGAGUCACUGGCCUGAGGU